GAAGUGAGUCCAGACAGCGGAAGAAUCAAAAUAUAUUGUGAAAGAAAAAACUGGUCACGAUGGAGUCAGUUGAUGAAUUUUUGGAGGUAGCAGAUGAAUUUAUGCAACAAGAAAGUUUGAACAUAGCACGAGCCCGUGAGCAAAUCUCAGUGGUCAAACAAAAUGUCCUGUUGAUUGAGACUCUUAGGAGGGCUCUGGAGGACCAGAUUAAAACCGAUAUUGAAGAGCUGAUCAGUGACAAACAAGAGUCCCAGCAGUCUCUUCUAAAGCAGGAGCAGCAGUUGCGGCAGGAGAUGGAGUCUGUGAAGAGGAAGAAUAUGGAGCUCUCUGCAGGGCUUGCAGAGAGGGAACAGGAGAAGGCAGGGCUGAAGGAGGAGCGGGAACAGCUCAGUGAGGAGAGAGAGAGGCAGGAGAAUGAGACUAAAGUCAACAUUCCUAUCAGAAAAGAAGAGAUAAGCCUAUACACAUGCAUCUCAAAAAUCCGCUGGGAUUUCAACACUCCUAAACAUGAGGUUAAAGGAUAUGUGAGUAGGAAGGGGAGUGUAAAGCCUUUCUGUUUCGACAACCGCAAGACAUCCCAGUUCUUCAUCACAAAUGCCCUCUGGGAUGCCAUGCAGGAAAAUUGACCUAUCUCAACAUAGACAAAUUUGCGAUCUGUGUGUCAAUAUAGGCACUGUAUUUUCAGCAUAAUGUGUUGAUUUUUUUUUAUUUUAUUCUGUUGUGGCUGUGAAUCUAUUCAUGAUGGAGACUGAUAAAUUGGAAAUUAACCAUCAUGGCUAUCGGCCAUAUUUACUACCAUGAUUGGUGUCCUCCGGCAUAGUAGUUUGGACUGUUAUACAUGUAUAUAUACUUUAAAAUACAAAUUUAUACUUUUUGUUUUUGUUUUCUGCAAGUGGGCUUACCAAAGUGUGGCCAUGGUGUUCUCAUUUGUUUAGUCUCGACCAACCUACACCAUACCAUGUAUGAAAUUUUUGAAUAAUUUCUUAUUUUCCUUGAUUGUGAGGCUAAAGCUACGUAUCACCCGUAACCCUCAAGUCAGUGACACAUGGGAUUAUGUGCAGGUCAUAACUAUUUCAAACAAAAUAAUUAUUAAUAGAAAAAAUGCCAAAAAUAAUGAAAUUAUCUAUGUACCGUAUAUCAAUUUCUUCCAAACUUCCUUCUUUUUAAAGGCUUUUCAUCAUUUUCUCAAAGAGUUCUGACCAUUAGUUUUGUCAUGUUUCCAUUGUAACCACAGAUUUCAUCCAAACCUAUUUUGACUGCAUUCAUAAGCUGUGUUUAAAACAACCCAAUUUAUUAAAAUGCAAAAAAUGAAUCAUUAACUUUUUCUUUAUUUUUGAUCCAUUAAGAUUCUGUGUUAGGAAACAACUUAAAUUAUUAGCUAGUUGUAAUAUUGAUACAAUAAUUUUGCACAUCAUUUGAAAAUGUACUUUUGUAAGGAUCCCAUCUGCAUUUUUAACCAGGUUUUCAACGAAAACCUGGUUAUUAGAAUGAGGUUGUCGUUGGGCGGGCGGGCGGGCGUCUAAACAUUAAUUUCUGUUCAAUAACUUAAGUUAGCAUAAAUAGAUAUUGAUGAAACUUGGUGUGUAGGUAGCUUAUGGGAAGAGCUAGCUUGGGAUUGCUUUUGAGGGGGUGGGGCUAAGGUCACUGUUACUAAAAAUAAAAAAAUGGUUUCUGCCCAAUAACUUUAGUUAGCAUUGAUAGAUAUUGAUAAAACUUGGUGUGUAGGUAGUUUAUGGGAAUAGCUAGCUUUGGAUUGCUUUUGAGGGUGGUGGAGCUAAGGUCAAGGUCACUGUUACUAAAAAUAGAAAAAUGGUUUCUGCCCAAUAACUUUAGUUAGGAUUGAUAGAUAUUGACGAAAUUUUGUGUGUAGGUACUAGUAGCUUAUGUGAAGAGCAAGCUUGGAAUUUCUUUUGAGGGGGCUGGGCUCAAGGUCACUGUUCCUAAAAAUAGAAAAAUCGUUUCUGCCCAAUAACUUUAGUUAGCAUUGAUAGAUAUUGAUGAAACUUAGAGCGAAGGUAGCUUAUGUGAAGAGCUAGCUUGGGAGGUGGGGUCAAGGUCACUGUUCCUAAAAAUAGAAAAAUGUUUUUCUGCCCAACAACUUAGUUAGAAUUGAUGGAUAGUGAUGAAUCUUAGUGCGAAUAUAGCUUAUAUGAAGCUGCAGAUUGAACUUGCUCAUACAACAAAUUAAUUGGCUAUAAUUUCUGAUUGCCCAUAACAAAAACCUGGUUUCGUCGCAUUGUGGCACUUAAUGUGCAAUAGUAGUCUCAGUUGUUAUGACCCAUGUUAUGAAUCAAUUAGUUUAUAUACCCCAAACAAUAAUAAAGCAAAUAUAUGUUGGAAAGUCCAAAAUCACGCGGUAUGGCUUUUAAUGUUCUUUUAUAUCAUUUAAAUACAUGUACACAAAGAAAUGUGACAAAGAUUCACACUGUCUUACACCAAAUAUAGUCCUCACUUAACUGAUUUUUAUAUUUAUAUUUAACUUUUUAUUCAGCAUGUUCAUACUUUUUUAAAUAUACGUUUAUCUAAUUUCUAUUCUUAAACCAAGUUAAAGUCAAUACAUGCUACUAACUGCUUUUUUAUUGUUUGACAAGUGUUAUUUGAUAUUAUUUUUGUUAUAAUUGAUAUUAUGUAACACAUACAUGUAUAAUCUACAGUUCUAAUCUGCUUUCUAAAGGCAGACUGUGCUUCAAUAUAUAUAUAUACACAUUAUAUGUUUCAGCCCAUGAACAAAGUCUGUCAACAUUUUUUUAACAAUUUCCAAGGAGUAUUAAACAGUAUAAUUCUAUAA